AUGGAUAAACAGCACGACUUGUCAGAGUCCGAUCAAAUUAAGGUCUUGUCUGAUGCGACAGUAACAUCCCCUUCCACCAGCUCAAAUACCUCUGCUGGACAACAUGAUAAACAAAAGCUUUUUCAACAACCUAGUACCUUAAGCGAUCAGCCACCGAGAACUCCUACUUCUCGUGGACGAGGAUACCGCUCUGUGAGAUUUGCGAAGUCUGUCAUCUCGCCUGCUCAUCGCGCACCCUUGCGACCAUCAACUCCCUUGCCCAGGCAACUUAAAUCAGACCUAGAAGAUCAACAGACAAUCGAGUAUUUCAGCUAUCGCAGCGGGUACAAAUCAGGAAGAGAGCAACAAGAACCCAGUGUUGCACCUAAAUCAUUAAGGACUGCGAGUGAGGAUUACGAUCAAAGCGUAUUAUGUACGGCGUGGGAAAGUGGGGACGAGCAGUGCAGCAGUUCGAAAAAAAGUAAAUUAGAACAUGUCUCGAUUGAGCCUAUCUUCAACAUCACACCAUCAUCCGAAAAUGACUAUUACGAUGAAGCACUUCAAUAUGAGAGCAUCUCGCCAUCCCCUUCAUCUGAAAAACUUAGUGGCGCUCCAGACGAUGCUUGUUCUACAUCUACUAUUUCUCUAUCAACUCUUGGACAAACCAACAGUGCAACUUCACGGUCACUGCUUAGGACACCUACUUCCAGCACAACAAGGCCUGCUAUUGUCACGCCAUUAAGGCCACUAAGCCUCAAUGGUCCGCGCACUUACUCACCACUGGCCUGUAUCACAACCUCACCUGGCAUUAGCUUUCUAAGGACGCCAACGUCUGUUGGACAAGCUUCGAAGGCUCCGAAUCGUUAUUCUGAGCCUAGUAGAGAUUCUAGUGCGGCUUCCAGGCAUACACGGCCUUCGAUGCUUCGCUUCUCGUACGGCGACAGCCAUUCAACGCGUUCGCUGGUAUCACCGCAGCCACCUCCAGAGUUGAACACCACCGGUAUUCGCUCAGAAGAGCCUAAACUCACAUCUUCGAGAGAAGGUAAUAGAGAGGAGGAAGGCGCCAAUCAAGCAGAAAGCGCUGGAGAUGGCAAACAGAAGAAUACUUUUCUUUCAACCUUUUCCUCUGCAGAAAUCCUUAUUCAAAGCGAGUACAAAGCCGAGAUCGUGGAUUAUGGCGAUGAGGAAAUAAACGAUACAAAUGAAGGGACAACCUCCGAGAACGAAAAAGAGGAGGGUGUACGCCCAUUAGCACCUGCUUAUGACGAACACCUUGGACAGAAAUGCGCCAUUCAAGCUGUAAUUACAGGGAAAAGUACUGAAGGAGCCUGUGAUAUCAAGCAAGAUGAAAGCACUGUAGACGAUAAAGGGAACAAAAGGCCUUCGUCACCUCCCUCUAGCUGGUGGUUAGUUGAACAGGACGAGAUUGAUUACAACUCGGACAAAGAAAAUAUUGAUCCUAGACAAUAUCAGCGGAGUGACCAUUCCGGCUCAUCCACAGUAGAGCAUGGAGUAGUCCCACAGACUCGAUGCGGUCUCCAUGCUCCCAAAUCUACUUCGCUUUUGGUAACUCGUAAGAUAAUUUUAUCCAACGUAGGUCCUCUAAGGAGCGUCGCCAAUGAGACAUCAUCCUCUGCACGCACUGCCAUCGAGACUAAAAAAGAUGAAUUGCAGCUCAAGCCAAAUGGACACAAGAUUAGCAAGCACGCUUGUAGAUUUGUACCUGCUAUUACCGCACCUUUCCAGAUUCUUUUCAUCCUCUUGUGUCUUCUCUAUCUGCUACGCGCUACAUUGCUAUUAGCAUAG